AUGAAAAACAAAGACAGUAACACAAGGCUGGCGAGCAGUGGAAUCGGAGAAGGUGUUGCCUUUCGUCUGGCCGGGCUCGGGUGCCGCCUGUCGCUGACCGGAAGGAGCGCUGAGAACCUGCAGCGGGUCGCCGAGGCAUGCAAGGAAAAAGGAUGUACAGAGGACAAUGUGAUUUUUAUCCCGGGUGACAUAACUAUCACGACCGACCGCAAAAAAAUUGUGGAAAGAACAACUGAGGCAUUCGGAGAAAUAAAUGUUUUGGUCAAUAAUGCGGGCAAGAAUAUCUUCAAGACUGAACUCUUUAACACCAACAUGAAGUGCCACGUUUUUCUAACGCAACUAGUGCUGCCGUUUUUAAUCAAGACAAGGAUGCCAGAGAUCGGUCCCUUUUGCAUGAGCACAUCCAGUAUGGACAUGUUCACACAGUGUUUAGCAUUGGAAAUGGUUCCCCAUGGCGUUCGGGUCAACUCGAUAAACCCGGGUACGAUUGUUAGCAGCAUUGCGAGAAGAUCUCAAGGGAAACACCAGGAAGAGGAACUCUACCAGAAGUUCCUGUCCUUCCAAGCUGGCGUUCAUCCCCUGGGUCGGGUAGGGCAACCGGAAGACUGUGCGGCGGCGGUCGCAUUCCUGGCCUCCGACACUUCCGGGUUCAUCACGGGACAGAUCCUCUUUGUGGAUGGUGGCCGAAACUGCGUGUCACCCGGCAUAGCGAUAAAUAUAAGCAAAUGAUUAACACAAAGUCUUAAUAAGACAGCCGGUUUUAAGUUUAUUUAAUUAAUUAAACAAUGUGUGUAUCUGUA